GAUUUUUCCAAGAUAAUGCAUCUUCCUCAUCAGCAGCGUUAUCAUCAUCACCAUGGCGAGAUAAAAGGAAGGCAAAUUCUCCGUCCUCUGUCUUCUUUCACUGUCGAGAGAAAAUCUCAUACAAGGUCUCCAUUAAUGGAAGCUCUGGGGCUUCCAGCUCUCAGCGGUCUCAGAAUUGCCAGCUCCAGUUCCUACAGACAUGGCAGCGGAAGGACGCAUUCCCUCGCGUCGGUGGCCCCACCUUCUCUCAAACUCGGGCGGUCCAACGGAGUCCACCGCAAAAAAUGGGGAGUUAUCAGAAUGGUAGCUGAAACUGAUGACUACGACUUGAAGCAAAUGAAGGACAUGGCUGCUGCUAGGAAGAGAUGGGACUCCCUGAUAAGAGAAGGGAAGAUUAAAGUUUUGACUCCGAGGGAAGCUGGAUAUGCGAUUCAGUUGUCUGAUAAGACCCUGCUUGAUGUUCGCCCUGCUGUGGAACGCAACAAGGCAUGGGUGAAGGGUUCAACAUGGAUUCCGAUCUUCGAUGUUGAUGGUAACUUGGAUGCUGGGACUCUCUACAGAAAGGUCACAAACUUUGUGAUGGGUGGAUGGUGGAGCGGUGCACCAACAGUGGCUUAUAACAAACAGUUCUUGUCGAAGGUCGAGGAAAAAUUCCCAAAAGAGGCAGACCUCAUUGUGGCGUGCCAGAAGGGGUUGAGAUCUUUAGCUGCAUGUGAACUGCUAUAUAAUUCUGGCUAUGGAAACCUUUUCUGGGUUCAGGGUGGUCUGGAGGCUGCUGAAGAGGAGGAUCUCGCCAGGGAAGGUCUGCAGCCUCUUAAAUUCGCUGGAAUUGGUGGAGUUUCAGAAUUUCUGGGAUGGACUGAUCAACAAAGAGCUGCCGCUGCUAGAGAAGGUUGGGGUUAUAGAUUAGUCUUUUCUGCUCGUCUGGUGGGGCUCAUUCUCAUAGCUGAUGCCUUAUUUGUUGGUGCCCAGCAAGUAGGACGUUAUCUUCAGGAGUUAAGAUCCCACUGAGGUUUUGUCGUCGAUAUAGACUAGACUUCUCCUGUUCAAUUUAAAUGAUGCUGAUAUUCAGUUUUGGAUAUUUGAACUCCUAGCUGGGACUCACAAUGCUUAGAAGCUGUGAGACCCCGGCUCCUUUGAUUCUGCAUGGACAUCUGUUUUUAGUCUCUGCUUUUUACUAGUAAAUUCCAGUCAAAGACUGUUUGUGGGCAUUGGUUUCGUAGAAUCAGCCACCUCCCAUUGACUUGUCCACGAAACGUAAGUAGGUCAGCCCUUGAGUUUUGUUCUUCCGGUGAUGUGUAUAUUGGAUUGUAACUUAUGUCUAAUAAUGGUUCAGAUCUCUAUCGUUUAGUAUGAUUGUCUCAA